AUGUUUAGUUUUGAAACUGAAACGCUUAUUGCAGUUAGUUUACUUCUCAAUCUUGUACUAUUGGCAGUCCUGAUAGCCAACAAGUGGUAUGAUUUCAAAACGAAAGAUCAAAAACAUUCAGCAGAAUCGAAUAGAAAUGCAUCAUCUAAAUUUAGAGAAAGUACGUUUAUUGAUCAGUUUCCAAACGGUUGGUUCAGAAUUUGUUUCUCAAAUGAGUUAUCAAAAGGUAGCUCCAAACUUGUCCACUACUUUGGCGAGGACAUGGUUGUGUUUCGAGGAUUUGAUGGUUCUGUCGGAGUUUUAGAUGCUUAUUGUCCACAUUUGGGAAGUAAUUUAGGAGUGGAAGGUAAGGUUAUUGGAAAUAACAUUCAAUGUCCAUUUCAUUUAUGGGAAUUUGAUAGAGAUGGUCAAUGUGUCAAAAUUCCAAAUAAUUGUGACAAGAGCUCAUGUCAACAUUCAGAAAAUUGUAAUGAAACAAUUCCAAAGAAUGCUCACACUCGAUCGUGGUAUUGUGAAGAGAAGUAUGGUAUGAUUUUGGUGUGGUUCCAUUCAGAGAAGGAAGGUUUACCACCUCAGUAUCCAUUGUUGAAUCCACAAGAUUUGGACAUGGACAAAUUUUACCAUUUUGGGAAUUAUUCAUAUGAAGAUAUUAGAAUGAAUAUUCAAGAUUUUGCUGAGAACUCGGCAGAUUUUCAACAUUUCCAACCCUUGCAUGGCCAAAUGGUUUUGCCAUGGAGUGGACCUAGAUCAAUAUUUGGUCGUUCAAUUCAGGUUCCUUUCGUCCAAAUUAUACAUCAAGCAGAAUUUAAACUCUCAGAUUCAGAUCCUCAUAUUGCCUACUUUACUAACAAGGCAUGUCUCGAAAUUUUCGGUAAGAAACUCACCUCCACGACCGUAAAUGCUCGAAUUGAAUUAUUUGGUCCUGCAGGAAUUGCACUUUUCAGAUUUGAUGGAAGUUUUGGCAGAAUCUAUCUAUUCCAUACACAUUCUCCAAAGAGCAAAACAAAUCUGGAUGUUGGCUUUGUUGCGUAUGCAGAGAAGAAAAUUCCUCGACUAUUAGUUUGGUAUGUUGUGGGAAAUUGGGUAGCUCAGUGGCAGAAUGAUAUCACAGUUUGGGAGAAUAAGAUUUAUAAGAGAACACCGAGUUUGGUGAAGGGUGAUGGGCCAGUGAUGAAGUUGAGAAGGUGGUACAAACAAUUUUACUCGAAAAAGAUUGACUUGUCUUUUUAAAAUAAAAAUGUAAUUUUUU